CGGAACCCAGGGAGGCCCCCAGAGGCAUGAAGCAUAUGAACGCCUGGCCUGAGGGGAGAGCUGAGGCGCAAAGCAGGAUCUUAGCAGCAGCUGCCUCUGAUGUAUGGACCUGACCGCUUUUUGCCCCCAGGCAGAAGGAAUUUGAUCAGUGAGUAGUUUAAGGAUGAGACUGCCCAGUUCAGCAUGUCGGGGCAACUAAUUUGGGGCCUCCCACUUCCAGUCCCACUUCCUAAUUGUCAUCAAAGCCUGUGAACUGAGGCCCCUGGGGACUGCUGGAACCAGCAACACCAAAGCUUCCGGUUGUAGCUGCAGGUCUGUUGGCUGAGCUAGUGAAUUUACAGGUGGGGGACAUGCAGCGUUUAGCUGCAACUUGACUGUGGACCCCGAGAGCUGGAAAAGGAAUCAGAGGCACGGAGCCUGGGGGGGCAGAACCUGACAGGCAGAGAGAGAGCACCCUGCUAGCUGGCCUGUGGUUUUAGUGAUUUGAUAAUAACAUGCAUGUUAUUUUUAUAAUGAUGAUUCUAGGGCGGUUCCCUGGACUCACUGGGACCGGAACUGUCUCACAGCUGCCAGCGUUCCCCACCACCAUGGGAACCCCCAUGCUGAAGAUGAAAAGCCAAACUGACCAGCCUCUGCAACCCCAAGCAUCACCAUGUGAGGACAGCGUGGUGUGGUGCCGCGGGGACCCCACGCAGUGCCUCGAGGGGCAGCCACGUGCAGGGGGCAGAGGUGGGGGGGAGCAAGCAGAUGCCGCCAGCAUGCCUGGGAGCCACAGGGAGCAAGCGGGCUGGGCAGUGAUGGGAAUGAACGUGAACUCCAGUCCCGCCCCAUGAAGUCCUCCAGCCCCUCCUCUCAAUUCAGGGCACCAGGUGGUAACUGCAGGGUGCAGAGGAGUCAGGGACUCUUCCCUCAUCCCAAGAGCAGCACCUUGGGCCUCCAUCCCACGGAACAGCCAAGGGUGGGUUGGUGGUCUAGAGACCUCCGAAGAUCUAGUGGGGAAGGAUGGGUAGCAGGGGGGUCUACUCUCUUAAGGGGAAGGGAUUUUCCCUCCCCUUUGCCAAGGUCCCAGCUCCGGACGUGGGUGGCAGUGGCAGAUUCACCCCCAGCCUGAGGCCUGGUCUUUCCUGUCCUAAGAGGCCCUCCAGAUCCAUCUGUUUGAGCAACCUCUGUCCCCAGGGACCUUCAAGGGCUGGCAGGUGUGUCCAGCCCCUCUAGCCUGUGUCCAGGGACCGCAACCUUUUUCUGCAAUGGGCCAGAUACUAUUUAGAUUUGGGAAGGCAGUGUGGUCUCUGCUGCAGUGACUCACCUCAGCCAGUGUGGCGUGAAGGGGCACAGACCACAGAAAAAUGGGUGAGUGUGGUGUUCCUGUUGUUCCUGCCACGCUGGGUUGACACAGCCAGGCGGGGGAUCAGGUGUGGCCCGGCCAUCGUCUGCCAACCCUUGCCCUGAUCCUAAGAACCUGCCUGUCCCACAGCUUGGGAGCACAGACCGCUGUCAGGGUAUCUGCUGGGCACUGUGCAGAAGCUGCCUCACUUUCUCAGGGUCAGACCUGACAAGGCCACAGGGUGAUGACAUCCACAUUCCCGAAGCCUGAGUUCCCAGGGUGACAGUGCCCCCAGCCUCCGAGGGGCACUAGCACCCCAACCUGCUGGCCCAUUGGGCCCCUCCAGGAACUCAGGGACUUAACGCCCCUCCAAGAACCUCUGCCCCCGGACGGGGGCUUUUCUGCCAGUGAUUCCUGGUGCUUGAGAAGAAUGAGGAGGGCACAGGUGGAAAAUGUAUGAAUCGGUUAUGAAGGCAAUGGAGGAGGGGAGGUUGAGGCCGGUCAGUUGUGUUGGGGGCAUGUUAGCACACAGUAGGAGGGGAGCACCACUAGUCUAAGAAAUCAGUGUCCUUACCAAAAGGAUUUGCAAGAAUAUGUGUGGCUCAGGACCUAAGGAACUUGCUACAGGGAAGUGAGGUCAGAGGUCAGCUCAAUCCUGAAAUAUAAAUGCAGCAAACCUGGUCAUGCCAAGAGGCAGCAUCCUUAGCACCUGAGGACCCAGGGCUCCUGCUAGGGUCUUCCUCCUGGCUGUGCUUACACUGCCGCCCCCAACCACCCAGGGAGAAGCACUUUCCUGCUCAGGGUCGAGAGAGCUGAUGCCAGCACCGGGCAGGGAGACAGGGCCUGUCACCGGCAGAGCAGCUCUGAGGCUAGAGGGCCGCCUGCUGGCUGGCCUGGCAUGCAGUCAUGAAAGGGCGGUUGAGUUCUGAUUCGGAAAUCAUAAACCUCCUCUUCCGCUCGGACCCUAGACUGCUUGCUUCUGCUGACGAGUAGGGGGUGAUUCCCAUGAGCUGCUCUGGGUUGCCAGGCUGGGAAAAUGGCACAACCACCACCUAGACUUCUGCCUUAAAUAAAGGAGUCCAGGCCACGCUGCAGAAGGGCAGCGAUGUGAGUACCAGAAGCCUUCUGGGCCUGGUGCACGUGACUGUGCCUCUGCUGAGGCGCCCCCAUCUUCCCCACUGCGCCCAGCGCACCCCUUCCCACCCAGCGCCCAGCGGCUGAGCAGGGGGUGUCCAGAUGGGAAGGGGGAGCCCAAUUCCAACAACGGGAAGCCACAGGCGCACCGCCCGGAGCUACAAGGCGCUGCUGCAGGUGCCAGCCUGGGAGGCCACAGAAUGAUGAACACCAGGAAUCUGCUGUGUCCCGGAGAAACUGAGAAGUCGGCUCUGCUGGGGACUCCAUGUCGUUCCCUUAAAUCCUACAAUGAGACAGCCAGAGAGAAAGCAGUCCCGCACCUAGCCCACGCCUGUCUCCAGAUGCCCGUCCCUCCCGGCAUCUGCAGCACUCUGCCUGCCCUGGCCCUGCCCAGCGGGUCCCGGCUGCUGAGCUCAGAGGCGACAGCUCUGGCAGAGCACAGCGCAUCUCGGGACACACACCGCGUCUGCCUGGGCUUGGGGAGGUUAUCAGGCAAUGCCUUAGGCCAGCCCAGGGCAGAGCUGCUGGCUUCUUAUCAACCUCCGCUAACUAAAGGACCAGUGAGGGAGGCACAGAGAGAUCCUCAGCUGCUGUUCUGGAAGCGCUGCCCUCUGUCCCCAACAUCCUGUCCAAUAGCCCAAAAAGCCAGGCCCCUCCCCUCUAGCUUCAGCCCUCAUGCUACCAGAUAAGCUGAUGUGGACCGAUGGGCAGGCGGGGGGCUCUCAGGGCGAAAGGAAGAAGGUUCUAGAUUCGAAUUCAAAACCCAAACAUUUGGUUGGUUGUGGUGGUUCACUUGAGGCCAGGAGUUCGAGACCAGCCUGGGCAACAUGGUGAAACCCUGUCUCUACAAAAAUACAAAA